AUGCCGCCACUGACAGUCACUAUGUUUGGCCUUGCGGCAUGUCAUAGAGGCAGUGGUUCAUUGUCGCAUCAUCAUCAUCAUCAUCAUCAUCAUCAUCAUCAUCAUCAUCAUCAUCAUCAUCAUCAUCAUCAUCAUCAUCAUCAUCAUCAUCAUCAUCAUCAUCAUCAUCAUCAGCAGCAGCAGCAGCAGCAGCAGCAGCAGCAGCAGCAGCAGCAGCAGCAGCAGCAGCAGCAGCAGCAGCGGCAACAUUGCCAAAGGCAAAUCACACUGGUGUAG